UGACCAACUUAAUAGUCAAUGCAUCAAGCCCCAACCGGUGUUAAACAUUGAAACAUAGGUAUCUCAAUACAUAUGUGUUAAGAUAUUUUAUUUGCGUCGCAAGCUCUUACGUAAUGUUUACUUAUCUAUACAAAGCUACAUUGGACCGUGUAUUGCAUUAAAAUGGAGCGAUCUCUCGACGAUGUUAUCAAGAAUAAUUUGAGUGGAAACGAAUUAAAAGAAUUUAAUAGAAUAUACUACGGGAGGACCGAGCACUGUGAGUUGAAAAUAAAGAAUUCUACAAAAGACGCAGGCGUGAAGUAUAAUUUCGAUGUUUUGGGAUUUUCGUUUAUCGCGUCAAAGGAGCAACUUCGUGAACCCAGAAUUUUGAGGUUAGGUUUGGUACAACAUUCGAUUGUUUUAUCAACCGAUAAGCCCAUUAAUCAACAGAGGCAAGCUAUAUUCAAUAAGAUUGAAAGAAUUAUUGAAGCAGCGGCGUCGGAAGAGGUGAAAGUGCUAUGUUUACAAGAAACAUGGUCGAUGCCUUUCUUUUUGUGCACAAGAGAGAGGAAACGAUGGGCUGACUUUGCGGAAUCGCCUGAUGAUGGGCCGAGUACAAAAUUCCUUAGCAAGUUAGCUAAAAGAUUCGAAAUAAUUAUCAUAUCACCAAUACUGGAAAAUGAAGAUGGUGUUUGGUGGAAUACGGCAGUGGUAAUUAAUGAACAAGGCAAUUAUGUUGGUAAACAUCGCAAAAACCAUCUGCCAAGCGUUGGAAGUUUUAACGAAACAACAUAUUAUGCACCUGGCAACACCAAUCAUCCAGUCUUUGACACUAAAUACGGUAAAAUUGCUGUAAAUAUCUGCUAUGGACGGCAUCAUGCAUUAAAUUGGUUGAUGUUUGCGCUAAACGGAGCAGAGAUAGUUUUUAACCCUUCAGCAACGAUUUCAGAAUUUGGUGAAUCGUUUUGGGGCAUCGAGGCCCGUAAUGCUGCUAUAGCGAAUGGUUACGUGACUGCACCCAAUGGGUUAAGGACACCAGGACUCCCAAAAAAUCGAGACGGCUUACUAAUAGUAGAAGUUGAUUUAAACCAAUGUCGACAAGUAAAAGAUCAGUGGGGAUUUCAUAUGACUUCGCGUUUGGAUUUGUACGCUGACAAUCUUCAGAAAGUUGUUGAAAACUGAGACAAUAUAUUUUAUUUUUAUUCUUAAAAUUUCAUAUGUUUAUUUUCAUGUCAAUACACAAGCCUUAAUGUCUAUUUUGUAUAACUUUUGUUUCUUUAGUAAUGAAUCUUAGUUGAUAUGUUAGACUACUAAAACUAAAUAAAUAUUUUCAAUUAA